AUGCCGCAAUACAAGCUGCAAGCCAAGAUUACAGGAUUGGAGAGGUCGGACAAGAAAGAUCCCAUCCUGCGUUUUGACGUUCACACGAACUUGCCCAAGUUUCGUACUACACAAUUUCGCGACAUUCGACGGAAGCACUCGGAGUUCCAGAAGCUGGGCGCUCAUCUCAUCGCCUCCAAUCCCGAAGCAUUAGUACCUGCCGUCCCGCCUGGCUCCUCGAGCGCCGGCCUAGGCACAGACGACGACGAGAGAAUCACGAAAAAGGCGCUGCAGCGCUGGCUAGAUGUAGUCUGCUCCAAUGACGUCCUUAUGAGGGACGAGGAGAUGGUGUUCUUCGUAGAAAGCGACUUUGGAUAUAGCCCCGUGGUGCGUAAGAAGCAGGCUGCCACGGGCAUGAGGAGAAAAGUGCUCAAGCAGUUUGCUCCGCCGCCAGAUGACACCCCGGAGCUCCUUGAGAGCAGACCUGUCGUCAAAGCAUUCUACUUGGGAUCGAUGGACGCACAGCAAAAGGUCGACAGGGUGGUCAAGAGCAGGCGCUCUCUCGGUGUGGCAGAGUCUGAUCUAGGGAAUAAGAUGGCCACUCUAUCAACCAACGAGCAGCACAACGGGCUGGCAAAUGCAUAUCGUAAGCUGGGUAAGGUGGUACAGAACACUGGUGACUUCCACUCUGCACAAGGCACUGCGGAGGCAACCUCUUUAUCAGACCCGCUCGCAUAUCACAGCAGCGAUGCAUUCAUCGUCAAGGAAACUCUCACGAACCGCCACAUCCUCCUCCGGGAACUUGCCCAAGCACAAAAUGCUACCCGGAGUAAGCUCCAGGCAGCAGAUCGACUCAAGGCCAGCUCGAGUGUCAAGCGUGACAAGGUUGAUGAGGCCAUCUCAGCUCUGGAGGAAGCGAGAAGCCACGAAGCAUAUCUACAACAAAAGACGCAACGAGUGACGCAAAACCUAGUACUUGAAAAGCGAAAAUGGUUUGCGCGCACAGCGGGAGAAAUGAGGACAGCCAUUCGCGAAUAUGUGAUUCGAGAGAUUGAAGCUGAGCGCCGGACGCUCGCCACACUGGAGCAAGUCCGACCGGAUGUGCGCAACAUUGAUGCGUCGGGAGGUCUCAGCAGGCUUGGCCGUGAAGCACAUCCGGUAGUGAGGCGCUCUAGUAUGGCGUCGAGCCAAGGACCGAAAGGCGAUGCAUGGUCUGGUGUGCCCAGACGUCCCGAUGGCCUCAAUCGAAGCAUUAGUGGCAGUUUCGCGCCCGGUGUGCCGGGUGCUGUUCCAGAAGAGAGCGAGGAAGAUGGCACCGAAGGGGGUGGUGGCAGAAAACGUGCAACGAGCUCAGCUCACAGCUUGGGCAAGCUCGCUGAGGACGAUGAUGAUGACAGGAUUGAUGCCCGGAACGCAGCCAGUCGAUUAGCACAAACUACCUUCUGA